AAUCCGAAAUGAAAGCAAGGCAAGGAAUUAGGAAAUAGGAUCAUCCGUAUUCAUAAGUCGAGAAUACAAGAGAAACUCGGGAACCAUGCCGCGCUCAACAACUAUGACUAGAAAAACUGAUCGUGGCACGACACUGAGAAAAGCCAAAACUGAAGAGCCGACCGCUUCUUUUUCUGGUCUUUCACUGCAAGACGCGCACACCCUCUGAGACACACAGAUACGCUCAUACUGACUGCGAGCACAGUGGUUUUCCUCGAUCCACAGACAUUAAAAGUGAUUUCUUCGUUAUCAUCACAGUUCUGUCUUCCUCGUCGAGGGGAAGAAAAAAGGCUCCAACUUUUCCAGAGAGACGAGCUGCGAGGGGAAUGCAGAGGCGCAGGUGGAUUCCGUUGGUUCUCUUACGGAAGUUGCUUACUGCAGCUAUUUGCUCGAUUGCGCUUGUGGCGCUCUUCUCUGUCCAUUUUCGCGUUGUCCCCUCUUCGAAAGAUCAAAAGUUCAAUGACAAGAUUUCCACGCCUCGUGAUUGGCAAAGCUGGACGAGAGAGCUCGCUCCGCCCCAUUUAUCCAAAUCCAAGGCUCCACUCCCUACUCCCAAGUUAAAUCAUCUGGGAGGGGAUUCAAACUAUGACAAACUGUGGAAGCCUCCUUCAAAUCGUGGGUUUCUUCCCUGCAUAAGUCCUACGGCUAAUUACACAACUCCAGCCAAGUCGCGAGGUUACCUACUUGUUCACACAAAUGGUGGACUCAACCAAAUGCGUGCUGGGAUAUGUGAUAUGGUAGCUGUAGCUCGUAUCAUAAAUGCGACUCUUGUAAUUCCAGAACUUGAUAAGAAGUCAUUUUGGCAUGACAGUAGCAAUUUCUCAGAUAUUUUUGAUGAAGAGCAUUUUAUAAAGUCUCUAGCUAAUGAUGUAGAGAUCAUUAAGAAGCUUCCAAAAGAACUGGUUAAUGUUACCAGAAUAGUCAAGCAUUUCAGAAGUUGGUCUGGCAUGGAUUACUAUGAGAAUGAGAUUGCCAGCUUGUGGGAAGAAUAUCAAGUUAUUCGAGCUGCCAAGUCUGAUUCCCGGUUGGCAAACAACCGUUUACCUCCAGAUAUUCAGAAGCUUCGUUGCCGUGCUUGUUAUGGAGCUCUUCGUUUUUCUCCGCUUAUUGAACAAAUGGGAAAAUUAUUGGUGGGGAGGAUGAGGUCAUUUGGUCCCUACAUAGCAUUGCAUUUAAGAUAUGAGAAGGAUAUGCUGGCAUUUAGUGGGUGCACACAUAAUUUAUCUCCAGCUGAGGCUGAUGAGCUACGAAUGAUCAGAGAGAACACUUCCCAUUGGAAGAUAAAGGAUAUUGAUCCCAGAGAACAGAGGUCCAAAGGGUUUUGCCCAUUGACUCCAAAGGAAGUUGGAAUAUUUCUUACUGCUCUUGGAUACCCAUCAAAGACUCCAAUAUAUAUUGCUGCUGGGGAGAUAUAUGGGGGUGAAUCCCGCAUGGCAGAAUUGCAUUCCCGCUAUCCAUUGUUAAUGAGCAAGGAAAAAUUGGCAUCCACUGAGGAGCUUGAACCUUUUUUAAGACACGGUUCUCAGAUGGCUGCUCUUGACUAUAUAGUAUCUAUUGAAAGUGAUGUAUUUAUACCCUCUUACUCUGGAAAUAUGGCAAGGGCUGUUGAAGGUCAUCGCCGUUUUCUAGGACGUGGCAGAACAAUAUCUCCAGAUAGGAAAGCACUUGUUCGUCUGUUUGAUAAACUGGAUCUGGGAAUGAUAACUGAGGGGAACACUCUAUCCAAAAAGGUUAUUGAUCUCCACAGGAGACGACUUGGGUCACCCAGAAAGAGAAAAGGGCCAAUUUCUGGGACGAAGGGUAUGGAUAGAUUUCGAUCAGAAGAAGCUUUUUAUGCUAAUCCUUUACCAGAUUGUUUAUGUCAGACAGAGUUACCAGUUAUAAACUCCUCCCACCUAGAUUCUUAGGGGAAAGGUAGUGUGUGUGUGUGUACGGAUAGCUUGUUUAGCUAUACCACUUUUCUUUUUGAAAGAAUAUCAUUAAGUAGAAAAAAGAGGGAUAUACGGUUUGAUGUAAAAUUUAGAGAGUGGGGAUCGCAAGUUGGGUAGUUCUGAAGAGGGCUUUGGAGAAUGCAGUGCUCGUUCAUUCAAUCAAGAGGGGCCUAAUUUUUGGAGGCGGUUGAGGGACUCGUUGACACGUAAUGUAAUUUAACAACUUUGAAAUAUCUAAUGAUAAUGCCACAUUUCCUUCUUGUAAA